CUAUUCUUUGCUCUGACCUCAGCCGUGCACCCAGCAUCGCUGUCUGUGCGCCCAGUACUAAUCAUUCAUCAAAUCACAAUGUUGCUAAACACGCACUUCGCCCCCCAGAUACAGCUGGACGCAAGGGUCGACUUCCCAAGGUAGGGAUCAUAAUAGCCGGCGAUUAGACGAACUGGACUCGACAACAGGCCCUGGGUCAGAUGCCGGUGUGAAAUACGGCGAGGUGGGAUGUUGGAAUGGGCUGUGGGCGUGGAAAUUGGUUGGGGCCCUUGUUCUCCCGCAUUGAUUAUUCCAAGUCUGUUGUUUUUGGGGCUUAGUAGGGGGCGUCGCUGGUAUUUGAUGCACCCUUAUCCCGCAUUAAUGAUUCCAAUUCUUUUGCUUCUAGGGGGACUGGCUCAGUACCUUCACUUGUUUCAUUCGAUAACGUGGUGCAUGAAACAUCUUCGGCACCAGUAUUGAUAUACAGAUCGGUGCAACAUGGUCCGCUUCAUACGCUCAACGUUCAUCGCCCUGACCACACUUCUCCUCACUCACCCAACCUACUCCCAGAGAUCUACGCCGUCGAUAACAUCUGCUCCCUCUCUCACCAGAUCCGGAGCAAGCUCAUCGCGGACUCCAAUCACCUCAACUGUUAGCGUCGGAAACGGCGACCACUCGUUCAAACCAGAUGUCGUUCAAGUCUCCGCCGGCGAUACCGUCGAAUUCCGCUUCGGGCCCACAAAUCACUCCGUCGUUCGCGCCGAGUACGAGUAUCCAUGUAUUCCAUACGAAAUGACCGGACGCAGCAAAGUCGGAUUCUUCUCCGGAUUCAAAGAGGUGGAUGUUAUCUUAGAAGACCCUCCAAAAUGGUCCAUCCUCAUAAACGACACCCAACCAAUCUUCUUCUACUGCUCCGCCCCCGACUCCUGCGACAAAUGGACCAUGGUCGGCGUCAUAAACCCAAACUCCUCCGUAUCCCUCCAGCGCCAGAAGCAACUCGCCGGCGAAGCCCAGUUCGUCAUGCAGCCCGGCGAGCCCUUCCCCGCCGAGGCCUCGUCCACCCUCGCCUCCCUGACCGACGCGCCCACGAACGCACCCACAGGUAGCACCAACGGCGGCACUACCAACCACUCACACGGCCUCAGCGGCGGUGCCAUCGCCGGCAUCGUCAUCGGCGCCGUCGCAGUUCUGCUUCUCGCCGCCGCCCUCUUCUUCUACAUGGGCCGCUCCAAGGGCUACAGGUUCGCGCAUAAGCGCGGCGACACAGCUGCAGCACCCCCGAUGUCUCAUUAUGGCGGUGGUGGUGCUGGUGGUGCCGCGCCAGCACCGUACGACGGGAUGCCGUCGCCGGGUUUCGCGACAACGGAUAUGUAUCAGCAUGGUGGGGGUCCGAUGUAUGCGCCGCUGGACGCACAGAGAAGUAUGCAUACGAUGUCGCCACCGCUGCCGCAGUAUCCGAAGACUCCGCAACAGGCGGUGUUUGGUGGCGAGAUGGAGAGUCCGCAGCCGGUGUAUCGGGAUACGUUCCAGAGCGGGAUGUUUGUGGAGAACGUGGGGAAUGGCGGGGAUAGGUAUUCGGUGCAGGUGGAAGAUCACAAGGAGGCUCCGACGAGGGUGCAUGAAAUGGAUGGUAGCGUAGAUGUGCCGACGAGUCCGCCGUUGCCGUCGAAUGUGGAUAAGGGGCAGGGGCCGGAGAGGUCGUGA